UACAUUCCACUCAAUGAAAGGAAAUUAUAUCUAUUAUAUCCCUUUAAAACCAAUGGAAAGUUUUCAAUGGAAAAUUUGACUCGUUAUUGCAAGUAUAUAUAUAUAAAUCAAUACUAAAUAAACUUAAAGCUAGCUAGUACCUCUCUUCAGCUAACUCUACGCACUUCAGUUUAACAUGAGGUCUAUCCUAGUUGUGUUUCUUUUCUACCAGGUGGUGAGAGGAAAUGUCAGCACUAGCUUUGAAAAAUAUGAAGUUGAAGAAGCUUAUUGGUUAAAUCUACCAGGUCUAAAGACAAUCAAAGCGUUGUCGGAGAUGGAGUGUUCAUUCCUUGCGAAUAAAGACGUUUUUGCCGUCAACGCAAUAAGAUUUAGUGCAAACUCCUGUGAGCUUGGAUGGUUAAAAGACGAGCCCCCAGAUCAAGAUGUUUCUGGAAAUUUAGAGCAAAAAAAAGUGAAAGUUAAGAAAAGAGUAGGCAUAACGAUUAGCAAAGUUGAAUGCCCUAAAGAUAAAACUUUUCCAUUUAACAAUUGGAGCAGUUGUUGCAAGGAAAACUUGGAGUCAAACUUCUGGACUAAAAAACCUGGACUUCUAACGCAAAAAAGCAAAACUUGCAGCGGAGGUUCUGUGGAUUGUAAGCCUGAAAUGUGCAAAAGGAGCAAGACUCUUGAAUCUGUCAACCCAUUCCAGGUCAAGAACGUAGUAAUUCUUCAAUCUGAUCUAUCAUCAGCUCCAACCAGUUCUGGUGAUGAAUGCAAAGAACUUUGUCAUUCAACUGAGGCCUGUCAGGGAUGGGUUUUCAAUCCCGACUUGGCCAGGUGUUACAUGAAAAACUUCGCAGCUGGAAAAAAAUCAUUCACUAGAAAAAAUGGAUUCAUAUCUGGACUCAAACCUUCAUUUCUUGGUCUCUCUGCAGAUGAUCUUCUUUAAAGUGUUGUUGAACAUGGGAGUGAGCCUUUCAAUGCUGAUAAAUUAAUUAAAGGGACUGUCGACAUGAUUUUCAAAUGGUUUCAUACCCGAUACACAAUUUUACCCUUUAAAUCUAUGUCAUUGUUUUUUAAAUAAAACACAGCAAUAAUUUUUAUAUUAAAUUGACUAACGAUACCACCCCGUCAUCUUCUUUCUUUCAUACCCUCCCCCUCUGAUAAAUCGGGAGUUCUUGUCAAAUAUGAAGUUCUUAAUUAUUCAAAUGAAAAUGUUUUUUUUCUGUGAUUUCUGGAGAAAAAAAAUAUCUUUUUUGGAAUAACCGUUUUCUCAGUAAGAAUAAUAGCUUAGUUUUCAGCUACUAAAAUAAUGAUAUCUUCUUUGUCCUUUUUAAUAAAAAGUUCAAUUGGUAUCCUUGUGAAUCAGAUAUUAAAUUACCUUUACAGCCUUUUUUAAAGUCUAUUUAAUAAUUUUUGUGUGAAGCGUUUUGUGUGAUAUUUUACCUGACCUAAAUGACAAAACUCGUAAAUAAAGUUUAAUCCAUUACAUGUCUUUUAUAACUUGAUUUCCAGAUUUACAACUAUAUGACAGAAGGAACGGAAGUAGUCAUUAAAACAGAAGUCCACAAUAUUCCACAUGGGUUUUGACCAACGAGGUUAUAGUGUAUCGAGUGCUGAUGUACGCUAAUCUAUCCUAAAUUGUAUUAUAUGCCCGAAGAAAGAGUAUUAACAAAACUAUAGGAAAAGUUUGUUUUUUGCCCCCCAUGGUUUUAA